AUGGCGAAAAGUGUCCGUGCCAGCGUCUCCAAGCGCAACCGAGCCAACCUGCGCACUAAGAUAUUCGGCCCUGUCGUCGAUGCCCGCACUGAGCGCCUAGCAGCCAAGCUGCAAGAGAUUGCUUCUCAGCCCAAGCCUGAGCAUUCUGACAAGAGCAAGAUGGAGGUGGAGGAUGAGACUGCCGAUCAAAAUGUCGAGAAAGCUACCGCGGCCGACGAGGGUGAGUUUUCCCCAAAGGCUAUGUCAAUCGCGCUUGACUGUCAGGUGAAGAUCUUGCGAAAAAGGGGGCGCCAGCUAACUUCCUCUGCAGCCAUGGACAUUGACAACAAGUCCUCCACAACUCGCUCCUCCAAAUCUGGACGAGUGCAGAAGCAACACAAGAACCGCCGAACUCGUCCCUCCAUCGUCUUCUCCAAGCCCGGCUCCAAGAACAAGAAGGGCGGUCCCAAGAAGAAGUAA